AUGAGCGAUCUGAAAGCCGUCAAGAAGCACGCCGCGCAACAUGACUUGUUCAACCGGAUACACUCAAUAGCCUCAGACGAACAGUUUGUCCGCAACGUGGCUGAGAGGUGGUUCAACAACAGGUUCAAAGUCGUCGCCAACCAACGUUGUGGGACGUGGUACUGUGAUCCCUCGGUGAGACAAAGCUAUGCGCACGUUGGUCUGACAGCGCAGACAAGCUCAAGCGUAUACGCAUACUUCAAAUCUACCGACGGGCACACCUUGGUGGGCUGGCAUAUCGGACGGAUCCUGACCUGUGCAGAAUUGGGACUUCAACUUGAGAAGGUCAAACCUGCCGCUGGCAGAAUGGGCAGAGAGGAACGCUGGCGCAUGCCUGAUGGCCUGUCAAAAACCGUUCCCAUCUGGUGCUCUGUUGUCAACCGAGCCAUCGCUCUCCGUCGUGAUCUGGACGAUUGGGACGAAAAUAUCUAUCUCCCUGCCAUUGUAUCGCCCUCGGAGCGCUCCCAAAUUGAAGCGAAACUCGACGAUUGGGCGGAAAAGCUCGAAGGGCUAAAGCCUGCACUGUACCACCGACACAAAAAGGACUUGCUAUCCGCCAGUCGAGACGAGCUGCCACCGCUGGUCGACAAUCUUGUCCAGGACGAGAGUGUCUGUGCGCCCCUGCAGGCUCUGGAUCUCAGCGAGGACUCUUGGGCGCGCGCUACCCAGGUCGACGAAGCAAUUGCGCUCGAUCUCGGCAAGACUACUGGCAAGCUUGCCUUCGAGCCGCCACAGGUGUGGGUAACAGUGUGGGUCGCAGAAGUUCGAAAGCCGUACAGUGGCCCGACGAUUGUCCCUCUGAGCAACGGGGACGCCUUUUUCGCAGUCCCAUGCCCCAGGGCUGAGCCCAAGGCCUAUGUUGUGGCUCUGCGUCAGCUUCAUUCCCACGUUGCGACUUCUGACAGGGGCGUCCUCCUUGCUCCCGCAAUGCAGGGUGACUUGGAAGGACUGCCUAAACCUCCGACGGCCAAGCUUGACCCAGCAGCCCUGUCACAAGCUCGGAAAGUGAUCAUCCCCGUUGCCGUCACGUUGAUGUGCAGGGAUGACAGUGUGGUGGACAAGAGCGUCAUUGCUGACCGUCUCCACCGUCUCGUGGCUCUCUGGCCCGACGGCAACCCACCUCGAGCCGCUCUGAAGCGCGUCAAUGACUUUUUCAUGAGUGCGGGUAGAUAG